CUUUGACGAGAAUGAUCUUCAUCUCUAAGUACUUAACUAAGUGAAAACAUAUCAAAUUAAUGUAUAGUAUUGAAAUGCUACCAGGAAAUUUUUAAAAUAAAUUAACCCGCUUCGCAUGUUUGUAUAGCCGAGUGACUAACGGUUCCGAUUAGCACGUUCCGCACUGUGAAGAUGUGGUAUUGUGUUACUGUGAAGAAAAGAAUAUUGAUCUUUUCAGUAGUACCAGAGAAAAUAGACACACAACAUGGGGACGACAUCAUGGAAUAUGCAGGAUGCAGCCAGUAAAGGGGCUUUCAUGGUUAGCGUUUUCUUUCUAGCUACCGCAGUAAGGGGUGAUUGGCUGCUAUUUAUAGUUUGUCUUGGACAAGAUUAUCUAAGAGACUUUUUGCAAACCACUGACGCCACCUUAAACUCCACCCUACAGUCAGGUGAUCUGCUCGAGCGAUAUGGCUUUAAAGAUCUGCAUAUUUACACGACAUUUGCCGUGCUUGUAUCAUUCUGCACAUUCUGGGGUAUAGGCCUGACCUUCGACACAUACUUCUACAAAAAUAGAAAAGACAAGCCAGAAGAAUGGAAGUGCCAGCCGGAUCGGUGGCUAACCAAAACUAACGAAUGGCACGAGUUUUUCUUGGGUUCAUGCAACAUGCUUGUCGGCUCUAUCAUAUCUGGUUUCUUAUCUUGUUAUAUAAUAAACGGAGGAAAGAAUCAACUGUAUUUGAGUAUCAGCGACUAUGGGUGGAUUUAUUUCUUGAUGUCGAUCCCUGCAUUGUUUUUCUACAACGAAAUGGUUAGUUACUAUCCACACAGGUUCUUCCACAAUCCAUGGCUAUACAAGAACAUCCACAAAGUCCACCAUAGAUACGGCAGCCCUACGUUGUACAGCACAGUGGCAAUGCACCCCGCCGAGUUCCUCAUGUACCAGAUGUUUUUGGCCCUUCCUAUUUUCACAGUUCCGGUUCAUGCAGCUGUAUAUGUAGUUAUACUGUUAUAUGGUUACUACUACGGAAUGAUGGACCAUUCUGGUAUUAAAAUGGACGCUGUGUGGCCUUGGCAACCAUCCUCUUUGUUCCAUGACGACCACCAUAGGUAUUUCCAUUGCAAUUUUGGAUUCAACACCAUAUUAUUUGACCGCUUCCAUGGAACAUUACGUCGAAAGAAUCACAAGUAUGGGGAGAAAGUAUUUGGCGGGAAAGGGAAAGCAGACGACAGUAAGGAAAAGGAAAGUGUAUAUCAUCAGUAUUUGUGACGAAGUUUGGACAGUUUCGAUAAGUAAAGGACACAGUGACAAUAUGGGACUCACUAUCGAAGUUGGUAUUCAUGUACUUGAAAGUACAAACACAUUUUCUAUAAUGUAUAAGGAAGCAAAACAUCCAGUUUCUUCAAAAUUGUAGAAUAGAAUAAAAAAAACUAGGAACAGCUAAAGUGAAAUAACAGUGAUACAAUUUAUACCUGGCCGGAAGGCAACUUGUAAAUUGAGCCAUUAUUUUGAGCCAAAUUUAGUCAUGUCGUAUUAAGAUAUUUUAAUUUAUUUUCAAAUUUUUACUUUCCAUUUUUUUCAUUUAAUUUGAUUGAGAAUAAAUGAAAGGAAUUCUGUGAUGAAACACCUCUUAACAUUUCACAUUUAUCACCCUGUUUACUAUUAGUCAUCUUUAGUUGAAAGUGCCGUUUUGUAUUUCUUGCCAUUUAUUUAUUGACAUUAUUUAGAUAGAAUGCCAGUGUUCGUUAUUUUCGUACUAGUUCUAUUUUCAAUUUUUUAACAUUUCUAAAAUCCAACAAUCUGUCGAAGAAGAAAACAUUCCUUUUUAUUGUCUGUAUUUGAAUCCAUGGAAAUAGGUGGAAAUCUGCCAUGAAUGUUUUGAGUGGAGGUGAUUAUGUUUUCAUUAUUUCAUUGCUAUGCGGUGACAUGUAGAUCUAAUUUUAGGAAAUAUGUAUGUUAUACAUUUUUGUAGAUAACGACCAACUACUAUACAAACAACAUAAGAUAUGUCUAAUUCAAAAUAUUGAGGCCAGUAAUACGUAUACAUUGAAAUGUUUACAUCAGGCAUUUCGUAAACAUUCAUGGAGUAUUUCAUUUUACAAACCAACAUAAUGAUUGAUUGUUUGUUGUUGUUGUUGUUUGUUUUUUUGGUAAAAUUUCAGCUUCAGUGAGCCCUUAUUUGUCAGAAUUUUUGUUCAGUAAUUCGUGCAGUGGCUAUGAUUGCACGCAGAUCCUCCAAGAUCUGGUAGCAGGAGGCCCUAGUUCGAAUUACAAACGGAAAAAAAAUGUCUCCAUUAUUUAUUUGUUUAUUGUAAAUAUAUUUUUAUUGUCAUAAUUGUUACUCAGUAAUUCAUGCAGUGGCUAUGAUUGCACGCCGAUCCUCCAAAAUCUGGUAGCAGGAGGCCCUAAUCCGAAUUGCAUGCAGAGCAAAAUUGUCUCCUUUAUUUAUUUUUGUAAAUAUAUUUCUUUUGUCAUAAUUGUUUCUCAGUUAUUCGUGUAGUGGCUAUGAUUGCAUGCCAGUUUUCCAAAGUCUGGUAGCAGGAGGCCCUAAUCCGAAUUACAUACUGAACAAAAUAGUCUCCUUUUUUGGUUUUGUAAAUAUGUUUCUAUUGUCAUAAUUGUUAUUCAGUUAUUCGAACAGUGGCUAUGAUUGCACGCCGGUUUUCCAAAUUCUGGUAGCAGGAGGCCCUAGUUCGAAUUACAAACUGAACAAAAUUGUCUCAUUUAUUUGUUGUUGUUUUUGUAAAGCUAUUUAUAGCGCAAGUCCACAUUUGUAUUGCCAAAAAGAACAAAAAUGUCUGCUUUAUUUAUUUGUUGUUAUUUUUAUAAAGCUUUUGUAAAUCUAUUUGUUAUCUGCUUCAUUUAGUACAAGUCAGCAUUAAUUCUGUCCUAAUUGUUGUGUAAGUAAUUCGUACAGCGGCUAUGAUUGCAUGCUGGGAUUUCCAGAGUCUAUUUGCAGGAGCCGCAAAUUCGAAUUACAAAUGAACGAAAUCGACUGUUAAUUUAUUUGUUGCUAGUUCUAGUGCUUACAUAAUAAUGCUCAAGUAGAUCAGGUGAGUGUUGCUAUACUGGUUCAUAAUGAAAUGUACACAUUUGGUCAGUUUUCACAAAAAAUACAAGUUUAAUAGGAAAUAUUUUAAUUUCUAGUAUAAAUGCUAAUUUGCAAUGUUUCAACAUUUUAACUUCAGUAUUUGAACAACUACAAAGUCUUUUAUUCUUCACUAACAUCAGUCUGUCAAAUAUUGUAUUGCUUAUCAUUUAAUAUAUUUUCUUAAGACUGAGAAUAAAUGAACAAAAUCGAUUUUGCAAAGAAAGAAUUGGAUUUUUGAAGCUACAUUCCUUUAUUCAUAAGGAACCAAUAUGUAUUCCUCACCUAGGAAAAGACAGCGUUUUCAUGCACGCCAAUGCAGUUUAUCUUGGCACUGAUUUAUAAAUGUUGAGCCAAUAAAACUUUAGUGAUCAUUGUAUGUAUGGUUAUGCUUUUUAUUUACAAACAGUAUAGAUCUUCUAAAAAAAGUUAUAUUUUACAUUUUGCGUUGUCCAAAACAAGGAGUGAUUUUUUCCAGUCAAUUGUCCACUUCUCUGGUAUUCUGCUGUUUUAACAUUGAUACAGGAAUGUCAGAAUUUAGGCACACGAAAAGCGUCGUUUUAAGCAAUAUUUUUAAAUAAACUGGUAUAGAAACAGGUGAAAAAUCUAACGCAAGACAUGAGAGUUUUUUAAACAUAGUUCGCACAUAUUGUAUAUUAAUUUGGAAAUUUUGAAUUCUAACACCAUCAAAAAAUCGUUCUGAUCCAUUCAGAUUAAAUGGGUGGUGAUGGGAAAUGAUCAAGCGAAAUUCAUGUUGUGAAAAUUAUGGAUAAGGCAAAACGCGUGUCUUAUAGCUUUAAUGAGUCAUGUUUUAUUAGUAAUAACAAACAAAUACAAAAACAGAAAGAUGAAAAAUGGAUGAGAUCUCUAUGAUCUAGGCAUGGGCUUUUCCUUUUUCUUAUUUAAAGGAUGUUUAGUCUAUAAACGCCCCUGUCUGAUGCCGCACUGUAAAUCAAACCAGUAUAAUAUUCUAGUCUUAUUAGUAUAACCAUCCGCUACACCUUGCCAUAUCUUUUUCACUUGUUUUUUUUCCACACAUUUUUUUCUUGAAAACAGCCAAAAAUCAAAUUGUUAUUAUCUUUAGAGCGAUCUCGAAAAUUUAAAUCAAAUAUGUUACAUUUGAAAUGUGUUGAACAUGUAAUGAAUGGAAAUAAAUUCAUCAAAAUGUAA